UUUUAUCAUAGUAUAUAAUCAAAGUGGUAAAUUAAGCUAUAAGCUAAAAUUAAAGUGUUUUUACAAAUUUUCACUUUCUAAACUAUUGCCAAAUUAACUAAAGAAAAUUUCUACUUUAAUUUUUUAACAUCUGCCCCCUAAGCAAGACCCAAAAAAACAAUUAUUUUAAAUUUUUUUUUACCACUAAUAUUCGGUCUACUGAACUGCCUAAUUUAGUUCGAGAGCCAAUUCUGACAUCAGGUGGUUUCGGUCCAUUUCGAUCACAAUUGCGGGGAUCGAACCAUGAUUAUCCUACCAAGUUCAGCGUCAAUCACUCGCCACUGAGCCAACUACCUAUUAAUAAUAAUAAAAAAAUUAGUGUUUAUUUUCACAGCAAGAUCCAAUCAUCUUCCAAACCGACUCUAUAAAAACAAAACCUACGCCCAAUCCCUCACUCUCCUCAUUUCUCCAAUCAAAUCAUCGAUCCCGAAAAUCCCAAAUGGAUCGACCCGUUUUCACAAUCUCACCCACCGAAGCCAAAUCCAUGGCCGAAUCUUCAUCCCUCACUCUCCCCCAACUCCUCCCAUCACUAGUCACCUCAGCCCAAUCCCUCGCCCGCCCACCCAUCUCCAAUUUCCGUGUCGCAGCAGUCGGACUUUCCCAAUCGGGUCGGAUCCUAAUCGGAGUCAACAUCGAAUUCCCAGGUCUUCCUCUUCAUCACUCCAUCCACGCCGAACAGUUUCUCCUCACAAAUCUCUUCCUCAACAAUGAAACCAAUCUCCACUCAUUCGCCGUCUCCGCCGCACCUUGCGGCCAUUGCAGACAAUUCCUCCAAGAACUUCGCGGAGCAUCCGAUAUUCAAAUCAUCGUAACAUCCGAAUCCGACCCGAAAUUCACUUCACUGUCACAGUUUCUUCCUUAUAGAUUCGGACCACACGAUCUUCUCCCUGAAAAUGCUCCUCUGUUAUUGGAACCACGUAACAAUGGUUUAAAGCUUAAAAAAAAACUAGCGAAUGGUGUUUGCAACGGUAACACGGUUAAUGAGAAGUUAAAGAUUGCAGCUUUGGAAGCUUUGAAUAAAUCUCAUGCUCCUUAUAGCGAUUCACCAUCUGGGGUGGCGAUUUUGGAUUGUAAUGGGAAAAUUUAUAAAGGUUGUUAUGUUGAAUCGGCGGCGUUUAAUCCUAGUUUGGGUCCUCUUCAAGUUGCGGUGGUGGCGUUUAUUGCUGGUGGUGGAGGUGAGUAUGAUGAGAUUGUUGGUGCUGUGUUGGUGGAGAAAGAUGGUGCUGUGGUGAAACAAGAAGGAACUGUCAAGUUGUUGUUGGAAGCUAUUUCUCCAAAGUGUGAAUUGCAAACUUUUCUCUGUUCCUAUGAUCAGUUGAAUUGAAUAAUUGGUUGUAAUUUGGUGGAAGGUGUAAUCAAAUGGAUGAGAAAUCGAUUGUGUAUAAAUUAAUCAUUAAUCAUAAUCAUAAUCAUGAUCAUGGUGAUAGUACCUUGUUAUAAUCAUCAAAUAGUUUAAUCAUUUAUAUUUUGUCUAUA